AGAGACACACACACAGAGCAACAAAGCAAUGUGCUUAACAUUUUUCCAUCCUUCAUCAAUCACAUUCUCUCAACACUGAGUAUUUCAAGCAUCACUUCAUUUGAGUUCUUUUUUUUUUCUCUUCAGAAUCAGUAAUUGAGCCUUAUAGCUUUAACCCCAUUUACCUAUGUGAGGUUUUACUAAUAAACAUUCCGAGGUUCAUAUUGUAUAUCUAUCUGUGAGGAGCUAUUCUUUGUCGCUUUCUUUGAAAGCAAAAACACUUAUUAUAAAUCUCGUAAGAGGUCACUAGCUCUCCUGUAAAGCUAGGACAUCUAUGGAGGAUUGCUCCAUGUGUAUGAGGUUACUAGUACCCUUGUGAAGCUAGAAAAUCUAUAGAGGAUUGUUCCAUGUACAUGAGGUUGUUACCACUCCUGUGAAGCUAGAGGCAUAGUGGAAAAUUUCAAGUGAAGCUUGACGAGUGGACGUAGGUUUGGUUAAAGUCGAACCACUAUAAAUCUUGUUUGCAUUCUCUUUCAUAAUCUCUUUACUCUAUUGCUCUAGCGAACUGAUAUAUUUGCUUGCAUUCACCGUGUUAGCUAUAAUUCUUUGCUAAAUUUAUCUAGAACAUAUUUUGUUAUUUACUUUUGUUAAGUUCAUCAUAUGCUAUAUUUGUUGUACUAGUUGAUUUAAUUUUUAUUUGGGAAUUGUUAGUUUUAAUUUGAAGAAACCUAAUUCACCCCCUCCCUUUAGAUUGCUUUUUGGAUAACAAUUGGUAUCAAAGCAUAGACUAUUGCUUAGAUUUAACUAUCUUAGAAUUUUCGUUCCAUGGCAACCAUAGCUAAUACUAGCAUUGUUGAAGAUCAAGCCACAAAUAGGCCACCCUUGUUUGAUGGUAGUAAUUAUAAUCAAUGGAAAGAAAAAAUGACUUUGUUUCUUCAAGCUACUAAUUAUGCUAUGGCUCAUUAUCACAAGAGGUACUAAAAUCCCUACCAAGGUAGUAGACAACAUUAGAGUGCCUAAAUCUGAAGAAGAAUUUGAUAAGCAUGACUAUAAACUCCGACAAGCUAAUGAUAAGGCCAAACUUAUCCUUGUACGUGGAUUAGAUGCAAAUGAGUACAAUAGUUUCUGGUUGUGGUACAACAAAAAAGAUUUGGGAUAAACUUGAAAUUAGUUAUAAAGGAACUAGUCAAGUAAAAGAGUCACAUAUUGAUAUGCUUAUUCAUGAAUAUGAGCUCUUUAAUAUGGAAUCCCAUGAAUCUAUUUCUGAAAUGUUUUCUAGAUGCAUUACUAAUGAUCUAAAAUCUCUUGGUAAAUAUUAUACUAAUGGUGAGCUUGUGAGAAAAAUUCUUAGGUCCUUGCCAAAGAAAUGGGAAGCUAAGAUUACUGCUAUUCAAGAAGCAAAGGACCUAACAAGAUUGAGCAUUGAAGGAUUCAUAGGCUCGCUCAUAGCUCAUGAACUUACAAUAAUGAAUGGAAGCAAAAAGAAAAAGAAAUCCAUUUUUGGGAAGAAGAUGAUGAAAGUUGCUCUGGUGAUGAAGGCAACAACAAGGAAGCAUCUCAUCUAUGCUUAAUGGCAAAAGAAGAUGAUGAGGGGGACUCACACUCCAUUCGAGGAUACAGAGCCACAUCUGCGAGGGAGUGGUAUAUGGACCUCCCCACUGGCGUCCGCCAGAUUGUUGACGAGGCCGAAUUCGGCUUAUUCUGCAUGGGGCUAUCGCAUCUCAUAGCGAGCAGGCCCUCGCUUGGGGCGCUGGUAGAGAGGUGGUGGGACACCACCAACUCUUUCUACUUCUCUACUGCGGGAGACAUGAUGAUGACGCUGUAUAACUUUGCUAUGCUUACCAGCAUCGAGGUAGGGGGUCAGCCGAUCCCAUAUGAUACAGACAUGAGCGAGUGAGAGGCCACCUGGAUCUACCUGUUGGGGGCUCAUCUGCGUAUCUGCCGAGCAGGGAUGGUGCGAUACACCUUGUUUGCAGAUCAUUUCAGACGGACCAGGGACCCUAGAAGAGAUCGAGCAGUAAGCCCGAGGCUUCUUAAUGUUCUUCUUUGGCAUCACUUUGUUCGCCGACAGGGCAAAGACUGUUGGGUUGUAUCUCUUAAGCGCCUUGGUGGACUUGUCUCGGGUCCGACUUUAUGACUGGGGCGGCGCUUGCCUCACUACCUUGUACGGCUACAUGAGCUCGACAUCCCACCGGAGCGGGAACAGAGUCGGUGGCUACUGGAGAGCUUGGGAGCUAUGGGUAUAUGCAUAUUUUUCCACCCUCGCCACAGAGCUGGAGGUGGAGAUGCCUCAUGUUAUACCUUAUUCUCACCGGUACGACGAUAGGUACAUGAGGAGGACUAGGGAGACCUUCUUAUUCUUCUGCCGGUAUUUUGACAUGGUGACAGCAGCGGAGAUCACAUGGCAGCCCUGGGCGACGAUGCCUGAGAAUGUCAGAUAGCAGUUUGCUGGCGCUUGGGGCGCUUCCCGUUACCGGCUUGUACUCGAGGGACCGGUAGGUCAAGCCUGGUUCUUAAGUGAGCGCUUCCUGCGCCAGACCUUGGGUUUGCCGUUGCAGGUGGUUUCCAUGCUACCUCCGCCAUCCAUGCAGGCUACAGAGAGUCUCUCCUCCCAGGAGGUGGCUGACUUUACACGAGGCGUGGAUGCUGACUACUUUCUUGGCGAGGGGGACUAUGCGACAUAUAUUCAGACGCAUCUCAUGCCUCCCUUGACAGGUACUCAUGCUCAUACAGGGAGAGCAGCAAAUGCCCCUUUGAUGAGCAGGGCUCAAGUGCCGAGGGGCAGGGCCAGAGGGGUACCCCCUACUAGACAGAGCUUUGGUUGGCCAGAGCUUCUGACUAAGUCGACAGGUUGGCAGUACACUGGAGAGGCUUACCGGAUUCCGAUUGAGCCUCCGGUGGCUGGUCACAAAUAUGUUAGAGCGCCUGAUUCACCUCCGGAACCCGCAAGGUACAUCAAGGGAUUGCUCGAGAUGUUGGCCUCAUUUGAGGGCAUGAUCUUGAGGAGGGAGGCACUAUUUGGCUUCCAUGGUAUUCAGGUCCCACCUUUACCGAUAGCACCGGUGACAGCAGUAGCAGGACCAUCAGCACCUCCUCCACCAGUAGGGAGAGAGAGACAGGUUCCUGUAUGUGGCCGAGGCUGGGCUAAGAGCGCCCAAGCUGAGAGUGGCCCUUCAGAGCCUAUUCUGAGCGAGUAUGACACUGAGACUAGCGAGACCGAGGAGGCUAUGGGUUAGUACGCUGAGUCAUCCGAGAGCAGAGAUGAUGAUGCUGGCUCGAAUUCUGCUAGUGGUGAUGCUAAUGCCGAGGAGGGCCUCGAGAUAGAGGGCGACGACGACUCCAGUUCCAGUUCUGAUUCAGCAUCAGGUUCAGAUUGUAGUGCCGACGGAGACAGCUCUGCAGAGUCCGCUCUGCCGAGGAAGAGGAUGAAGAGGGCCUCUAAAGCUUGAGAUAGCCAGAGCUGAUUCAUAUGUUUUUGCUUGGUUUCUUUUUGCUAGUAGUGUUAGCAUAUUUGUACAUCUUAGACAAUUUUAAUUUCUUUAAAACUUGUACUCUUUUGUAAAAAAUGUAACCAUGAUCGGA